AUGCCUGAGAAAAUCACCUCCAAGAACCUUUCCUACAACGCCUCUCUGCCGCCGUUCCUGGCACGCCUUCAUGCGCAAUCCGCAGGAGCCGCCGGCCCUGAUCCCUUGUUAGCGGCGCAGAAGCGGUCCGCCAAGAAGAGGUCAGACAGCGAAGAGGCGGAGGACGCGCCGCUGGUUGUCGACGAGCACGGGAACGCGGUGGACCUGCAGCUCGAGAAGGACGGCACAGUCAAAGGGACUGAGACAAAGAGUGGUCAAGACGAAACCGGGGGCGCGGAAUUGGAUGAGAAGGCUGUGAAGAGGGAUGCCGCUGCCACGGCGUCUAUCGGAGCCCGAAAGCGCAAGGUCGGGAAAGUAAUUGGUGAGCGUGCGAGCCAUGGCUCAGGCAAUGAUGGGAAGGAUCAACAGGAGGACAAGCUUGGCGGUGCGCAAGCUCCUGUUGAUAAGAAGGUCAAGAAGAAGGCCAAAAAGAUUAAGCUAAGCUUUGACGAGGACGAAGGCUGA